AAAAAGUCCAUUUGAGUGAUAGAGAGAGAGAGAGAAACUCGUUGGUGCUGUGUGGUGUAGAGAGUGCUUUCUGAAUCAGGCAGGCAAGUAGGCGUGCAUAUGAUAUGCAGAAGAUCCAAUUAUUUUCAAAAAUAUAAUUAUUAGCGAUUUGGUAAUAGAUAGUUCCUUGUGAUUCUUUCAGAUAGAUCAGAUAGUUCACUCUCCUUUCAAAUCAAAUCCAAUCCAAUCCAGAGAAACUACACUUUUUUCAGAGAUUGAUCGGUGAUUGUAUCUGCGGUGUCAUCUCUCCUGCGACAGAUGGAAAUGAAUGACAGAUCGAAAGGGGGUUCGCCCUAUAGGCGGCAUCAGAACGAUGAGGAAGCGGCGGCUACUGCGACUGAGGAGGAGGCCGAGGCUUCAUCUGGCGGCGGCGGCGGCCCAUUCCAAAUCUUUAGAACCAAAGAUGCUUCAGUCGACCGCCUCAAAAGAUGGCGGCAAGCGGCACUUGUGUUAAAUGCUUCUCGUCGAUUUCGAUACACAUUGGACUUGAAAAAGGAAGAAGAGAAGAUGCAAACGAUACGAAAGAUUAGAGCACAUGCUCAAGUCAUACGAGCAGCCUACCUUUUCAAAGAAGCUGGGAAAAAAGAAAAAGUUUCAGCAAGCCCAAAAUUACCUACAACAUCGGCUGGUGAUUAUGGUUUGGGCCAAGAGCAACUUGCUUCAAUGACAAGGGAUCAUGAUUUUUCUGCUUUGGAGCAAUGUGGAGGGGUUAAAGGAUUGGCUGAUAUGUUAAAAACAAAUGUAGAGAAGGGAAUACAUGGAGAUGAUGAUGACUUAUUGAAGCGAAAAAAUGCAUUUGGAUCCAACACAUAUCCCCGAAAAAAAGGACGGAGUUUCUUGAACUUUCUUUGGGAUGCUUGCCGAGAUACAACCCUGAUCAUUUUGAUUGUAGCUGCAGCUGCUUCUUUGGGUCUAGGUAUAAAGUCAGAGGGUAUUAAAGAAGGAUGGUAUGAUGGGGGAAGCAUUGCAUUAGCUGUCCUUAUUGUUAUAGUUGUUACAGCUGUAAGUGAUUACAAACAAUCCCUUCAGUUCCAAAAUUUAAAUGAGGAGAAGCAGAAUAUACAUUUGGAGGUCAUUAGAGGUGGUAGAAGGUUGGAGAUAUCAAUAUUUGAUAUUGUUGUUGGUGAUGUUGUACCUCUCGAAAUCGGUGAUCAGGUCCCAGCUGAUGGAAUUUUAAUUUUUGGUCAUUCUCUUGCAAUUGAUGAAUCAAGCAUGACAGGGGAGAGCAAGACUGUUGACAAGAGCUCAAAAGCUCCAUUUCUGAUGUCUGGAUGCAAAGUAGCUGAUGGUUGUGGCACCAUGCUGGUAACAAGUGUUGGUAUAAAUACAGAGUGGGGAUUGCUAAUGGCGAGCAUUUCAGAAGACACUGGUGAAGAAACACCGUUGCAGGUACGAUUAAAUGGGGUUGCAACAUUUAUUGGCUUCGUUGGACUUGCAGUAGCUAUAGUUGUUCUGCUUGUCCUUUUGAUAAGAUACUUUACUGGACAUACCAAAAACACAGAUGGAACUCCUCAAUUCACGGCUGGUCAGACUAAGUUUAGUACUGCCAUAGAUGGAGUUAUUAAGAUUUUCACUGUUGCAGUCACUAUUGUGGUUGUUGCAGUGCCUGAAGGGCUUCCCUUAGCCGUUACCUUAACCCUUGCCUACUCCAUGAGGAAAAUGAUGUCAGACAAGGCCUUGGUCAGGAGGCUUUCUGCCUGUGAAACCAUGGGCUCUGCUACUACCAUUUGCAGUGACAAAACUGGGACCUUAACGUUAAAUCAGAUGACUGUGGUUGAGGCCUACGUUGGUGGAAAGAAAAUUGAUCCUGCAGAUAAUGAGGCAGCGUUGCCUCCUAUGGUUAAAUCUCUGCUCAUUGAAAGUAUUGCACAGAAUACUACUGGCAGUGUAUUUGUACCUGAGGGUGGCGGAAAGUACGAAGUUGCUGGAUCACCAACAGAAAAGGCCAUUCUCCAAUGGGGCCUCGAUCUUGGCAUGAAUUUUGAUGCAAUUAGAUCAAAUUCUUCAAUCAUACAUGUUUUUCCGUUCAACUCGGAGAAAAAGCGAGGCGGCGUUGCACUUAAACUGCCAGACUCUGAAGUUCAUUUACAUUGGAAAGGUGCCGCUGAAAUAGUCUUAGCUUCGUGUACAAGAUUCAUUGAUACGAAUGAUCAUUUCAUACCAAUGGAUGAUGAUAAGGUGAAACAAUUUCAAAGAGAUAUUGAAGAUAUGGCUGCCAGAAGUUUGCGUUGUGUUUCUAUUGCUUAUAGAUCUUAUGAAAUGGAAAAUACUCCAAGUGAUGAGGAGGAAUUGGCUCAUUGGGAAAUACCUGAGAAUGAUCUUGUGUUGCUAGCUAUUGUUGGUUUGAAGGAUCCAUGUCGGCCAGGUGUGAAAGAUGCAGUUCAGUUGUGCACAAAUGCAGGUGUUAAGGUGCGUAUGGUCACUGGUGACAAUCUGCGAACAGGUAUAGCAAUAGCUUUAGAAUGUGGGAUUCUAGUGUCAGGUGCUGAUGCUACUCAGCCAAAUAUCAUAGAAGGGAAAGAAUUUCGUGCAUUAUCUGAAGUUCGGAGACAAGAAAUUGCGGAGAAGAUAUCGGUAAUGGGAAGGUCUUCUCCUAGUGACAAGCUGCUGCUUGUGCAAACAUUGAGAAAGAAGGGACAUGUUGUUGCAGUAACUGGAGAUGGCACUAAUGAUGCUCCUGCACUACAUGAGGCUGACAUUGGUCUUGCUAUGGGCAUCCAAGGCACAGAAGUUGCUAAGGAGAGCUCAGACAUCAUAAUCUUGGAUGACAAAUUUGCCUCUGUUGUAAAGGUAGUCCGAUGGGGUAGGUCUGUUUAUGCAAAUAUUCAGAAAUUUAUCCAGUUUCAGCUUACAGUUAAUGUUGCAGCUCUUGUAAUAAAUGUUGUGGCCGCGGUUUCUUCUGGAGAUGUCCCUUUAACUGCAGUUCAGCUGCUUUGGGUGAAUCUUAUCAUGGAUACUCUUGGAGCACUUGCAUUAGCCACUGAACCACCAACUGAUCACCUCAUGCAUAGGCCUCCUGUUGGUCGCAGGGAACCGCUGAUAACAAAUAUCAUGUGGAGAAACAUACUGAUACAGGCUCUAUAUCAAGUGACUGUUCUGCUUAUCCUCAAUUUCCGAGGCAGAAGUAUCCUGCAUUUAAAGAAUGACAACAUUGUCCAUGCUACUAAAGUGCAGAAUACAUUGAUAUUCAAUGCAUUUGUCCUGUGUCAGGUUUUCAACGAAUUUAAUGCUCGGAAGCCCGAUGAAAUUAAUAUAUUCGAAGGGGUGACCAGAAAUUACCUCUUCAUGGGGAUAGUGGGCCUAACUGUUGUGCUUCAGGUAAUUAUAAUCAUGUUCCUUGGGAAGUUUACCUCUACGGUUAGGCUCAACUGGAAACUGUGGCUUGUUUCAAUUGCUAUUGGCUUUAUGAGUUGGCCACUUGCGAUGCUUGGGAAGUUGAUUCCUGUCCCCGAGAUGGCCUUCAGUGAAUACUGCACGAGAAUAUUGCGUCGACGAAGAUCUCCAUGAGGUUCCAUCAACAGAAGGCAGGACUUAGGAAAAUAGAACCGAUUUGCAGUGAUGCUUUUCAUUUUCUUUUCCUCCCCUCCACUGUUAAUAGGGUUAUACCGUGAUUAUGCACAAAGAUUUAAAAAUAUACAGAUUUGGCUGAUAUAUCCAUACUCAGUUCUUUUUUUUCUUUUUUCUUGUUUCUUUUUAAAAUGUUUUUACUUGAUUUGUAAUUUUGCAACUUAGAACUCCAUCAUAUUCAUAUGCAAAAGGGGUGUUUGAUCCAAGGUUUUGAAUCGGUUCUGGCCAGAACCAGCAACAAAAGGAAACAGAGAAAGAAGACUAGCAUCAUCUCGGAUAAGCUUCUGACCUAAUCAGGUCAUACUGCAAGAUUUCGUUUAGUUUUUGACAGAGUUCUGUCCAGUAUCCUACCAUUUUUAGAGCAUACUGCAGAUCGAACUGAAAAGCCUUAUUGAAAACCUUUAAAGAGCGCUAGCAAGACUACAGGUUGGUGGAAGCAAUUGCAAAUCGCUGAUGCCUCAAAGCUGAUCUUCCUGAAGGAAAAUGGUCCAUCAGAACUGUGACCUCUCUAACUCUUGCUCGCUUGCUAAACUUCGCAUUAAAAAAUGAAGUUUGUAUCAACUGUGCAUUUACAAUUAUAAGGUUAGUACUAAGUAGGUACCUAAUUGGCUAUAAUAAUAGGCCUUCAUUUCUUGUGUAAACUCUACAAAGCUUGAUGUGGGAAUUACCUUUCAGUUGGAAAAGGGAAAAUAUACUGUCUUUUAUGAAAUUUCAUCAGCUGAAAAGUGUAAUAGAAAUUAGAAAGUCAUGGAAUCUUGAGUUGAAUUUACCA